GUGUGUCACAUUUGAGAAAGGAGGGGAAUGGCGGGCGCUGCCAAAAUAUUUGGCCUAGUUUCGGCCACUCAGAGAGAGGAGGAGGAGGAGGAGGAGAAGAGGUUCAAGGAGCGUUGCACCGAGAAGAACAUGCAGAAGGGGUGGGAGGAAGCUGAAGAGCAUUUUCGCUUCACAACGAGGGACAUGGUGAUGGCUUCUACAUCAGCAUCGUCCGGAGGAACCAUGACAUCUGAUUCAGAGAUCUCACACCUCCAAGGCAUCGAGGCCUUGAAGCUGAAUGUAGGGCCGGUGCGGAGAAACCUCUUCGGCCCGGUCGACCACCAGCAGCUCCAACAGGACUUCCAGCGGGUGCUCCACAUGAGCGUGGAGGAGGCCAGCAAGUGCUGGAACUUCGACUUCCAGAGAGACGUGCCAGGGGAGGGCGCCGACAUCGAGUGGGUGGAGGUCAGCUGCCAGGACGUGCCGGCGUUUUACCGGACCUGCUCGGUGAGGCCCAGAGUCGUAACCAGAAAAAUCGCGAGGAGCACCUCAUUGUCGUCGUCAGAGGAGGACAGCUUUCCUGUCUCCAGCAGCUCGUCUGGCUCUGGGGACGAGUUCCUGGAAGUGACCACGAGGGAGUGCUACCCACUUCACAGACUGAAAAAACACAGACAGUCUGCAAUCACAGAUUUCUUUAAGGUGAAAAAGAGGAAGCUCCUGCAUUGCAAAACAUCCUCUCGGCAGUAAAAAAUUGCAACGCUCUCCACAGGAACAUCACUAAGUGGUCUCCAGCCCUCUACACUCAGCGUGAUAUAGAUCACAUGUAUAUAUGUAGCAAUUUAUAACAGACUUUUUAUAAGCUUAUACAACCUUGGGCCUUAAAACUUUGAAUUCCACCUUGCAUUUAAUUUUCAGCACAAGGAAGCUACCAUUCUUCUUUAGUCAAGCUCAGACUGUAGUUUUUUGUGGAUAAAUAUAUUUUAUAUACUGUUUUACUCAACCUUUUUUACAAUACUGUGAAAUAAUCGUAAAUGCACUCAUUCAGGAUACUAAAACAGAGAAAGGAUACUAAUUCCAAGAGGUUAAGUCUCUUCUCGACUAGAGCUUGACCUUAGUCCCUGACCUUUUCUUUCAUGCUCCAAGUCGUUACAGGCUGUUGAUCAGAGCAGUUACUACUGCCGGCACGCUCAGCACACGUAGCGGUUUAGUUUCACCCCGAGGCUCUGAAAGCUCGAGUUUGACCAGGGGUCAAAAGGUGACAGCACGACUGCCAUUAGCUCCAGUUUAAAGGUCGGAGGGUGGAGGCUAAGCAUUAAAGAUGCUGUACGACACACUCCAAUUUGUAGUAUUAAUAAUAAUGUUCUAUUUAUUUUUUUCUGACAAUGCAAGAUCAUUGUCCAAAAUUUUUUUUUUUUAAGUAUGAUGAUAAUCCAUUGUACAAAAUGAGGUAAGAUAAAGUGCCUUCACCCCCUGAAAUACAGUGCCUUGAAAAGGUAUUCCACAUAUUACGUUUUACUUCCAACCACAAACUUCAAUGUGUUUCACUUGGAUUUGAUGAGAGAGCAACAGUAAAUGGCACAUAACCUUAAGAAAUUACUCAAUUAGGAAGUACAGUUUAUUGAGUCUAAUAUUCUCAGUAAGACCCAAGUUCAAACUGAAUCUUUUGCAAGGCACUGUACGCUUCCCACAAGAAGUCAGUUUUACACACAAUAACAUACUAAUGACAAACUUCUAUUUUUGCUUUGUAAUACCGACAUAAUAAAGGGUUGUAACAACCUUUGAGGCAACAUGAUGAAACAUCCCAUUCACUGUGGUAUGUUUUAGUCAGCUUUAUGCUUGUAAUAUGUAGCAUUUUCCACGUUUGUUUUUAUCCAUUAAGGGAAACCAGUGUUUCUAUGUUCUGAGCUCAGAGAAGGCAGAUGUUUCGGUUCUGCUUUUUUUUUUUUUUUUUUUUUAAAGAGUAUGCAGGGUCCAGUUGUCUCCCACGUGUUCUGUCGCCAUCCUGUUCUUUGAUUCUGCACGCAUGUGUAUGUGUCACAAGUUGUAAAAAGAUGGAAGCAGCUGAGGCUGAAGCCAAAGCUGUCACCUGAAGAACAAAACGUGUUGAUUUUCUUCUAUUUAGCUGUAAAAUGUUCUUUUUUUUUUUUAGAUCUCCCUAAAAAGAAAAAAAUAAAUCAGGCUUCCAUGCAUAUAUACCGCUGAUGACAUCACAAGUGGCUACAAAUAAUAGUCGUUUUGAUCACGUCUUCUGGUAUUUUGUUCUCCUUUUCCAUAUAUUCAUAGUGUUUAUGAAUAAUAGCUGAUUGGCCCAGCUCUUGUACCUCUUGUGAUGUCAUUAGCCAAUAUGCAAACAAAGCAGACUUAAUUUUGUGUCCUUCUGUAUGCUUUUUAAAAGUAUUAAGCGGCAUCCUCUAAUGGAAAAAGACACUUCAUUAGCCAGCUGUGUUUUUAUUGGCAGUUUUCAUUUUAGUGGAAAAAAAAACCCAACCCACUAGAUAGUUUCUUUAAACAGGAUAUUGCAGCAGUAAUUUAAGAUCAAUAGCCAUAUGCUGGAUUUAUCCACUCUUACUACCUCAACAAGUUAUUCAAUACUACAAACCCAAGUAAAACAGCUGAGCUUGUGUGUGUUUAAGGGCCACGAGAGCAAAGACUAAAGAGAUUCAUGUUCUGUUGUGGUGAAACAUCAGGUAAAAGAGUCAGUGUGUCAGAGCCGGGGGGCCCCCACAGAGGUGGGGCUGGGGCUGCUGCUUGGGUUUGGCAGCUUUUAUUUUGCUUAACUUUUCAUGUGACAGCUUUCCCAGAAUAGACAGGACAAGUGGAGCAGCACUUCAGCCCCCAAUUCUCGAUCAAAGGACUUUUCCAUCCAGACACACUUUUUGUCCUGCAGCUUAAUGAAACGGCUGCCUUGGUCUAUCACACAUCUGAUGCAUCAGUUCUCCGUUAUCUUGACCACAUAUAUUAGACUUGUUGACGAUGUUUUCAAACUGUUAAAGCUUUUAUUGACAUAUGUGCAGUUUAUGCCUUUUUGUUUUUCUCAGCAAGAAAAUUAUUCAGUGCACUCUAGAGUGCUCUCUUUUCCUCCUAACUACCCAAUCGGAUUAUUUCUAAAGCUGUAUCUUUGCACUAUACAUCUAAGAACUACUUUUACUGUGGUGUAGUGAAAUCUUCUGAAAACAGACACAGGACCGCAGACACACCUUUCGACUAACACUUUCAGCUUAUUGUAGCCAUGUUAAUCCUUGUUCAAAUCCAUUGGAAAAAAAACAAAUCCGUUUCUAAAGCUUGCAAAUUAUUGUCUUGCAGUUUUACCAAGUGUUUGCUUUUCUAUUUUGGACAUGCAUGAAUGUAAGAUAUUUGUACACAAUAUGUAAUAAUUCUAUUGUAAUUUAAUGCUGGUUCAUGUAUCAUUUUAUGAUAUAAAGAUAGCUUUUGUAUCAAAUCAUUUGGGACAAUAUUUGUAUUGCUGCCCUCCCUCCUGCUUUUCAUAACAUUUCAUUUGGUUUGCUUCAUCAAUACAUAAAUAAAUAUAAAAAUAAAUCAUAUUUCAGUAGAUUUCA